AGUCCUGCCUAAACCCUGCUGUUUGUCAGCCUCUUCAGCUCCCUUUUGGAAGGGAGGUGGUGCGAGUGAAAACAUCCCACAGCUGGAGCCGGCCCUGCACACAUCCUCCUGGCACGACUGCGGGACACAUCUGGACUGCUCUGCCACCUCCCACCCACUCAAUCCCCCUUAGGGCUCAUCAACUGGGCUGUCCAGCUCACUCCACAGGGCAGCAGGAGAGUCCAGCCACACCUCCCACUGCAAACCUUGGUUGUGCAACUGCCGUGGGAGUGGGGUGGGCACUCGCCCUCCCUCCCCUGCCUCUGCCAAAGCGCCAAGUCCCGCCUAUAAAUCAGGACCAGGAGGGGCUCUCUCCCUGCGGCAGAGGUGAGACAGCAGCACAGGUGGCUGAGGCUGAGAGGUUAAGCCCUGUUCACAGCCUGGAAUCCCGGUAGAGGCAGCAGGGAUGAGAGUGGCCGUGGUGGGCGCUGGUGUCAGUGGGCUGGCAGCCACCAAAUGCUGCCUGGACGAGGGGCUGGAGCCCACCUGCUUUGAGCAGAGCCAGGACAUCGGGGGGCUCUGGCGCUACACGGAGCACAUCGAGGCCCGCCGGCCAAGCCUCUACCAGUCAGUCAUCAGCAACACCUCCAAGGAGAUGUCAGCAUUCUCUGACUUCCCCUACCCCGAGGACUUCCCGGUGUUCCUGCCCAAUGCCCGGCUCCUGGAUUACCUCCGGUGCUAUGCCGAGCGCUUCAGCCUCCGGGAGCACAUCAAAUUCGGGACCACUGUUGUCAGCAUUCGGAAACACCCCGACUUUGCCACCACGGGCCAGUGGAAUGUGGUCACAGAGGCGGAUGGGAAGCAGGCAUCGCAUGUCUUUGAUGCUGUUAUGGUUUGCACUGGCAAUUUGUCCGAGCCAUCCCUCCCCCUGCACUGUUUUCCUGGCAUCGAGAAGUUUCGAGGCCAGUCCUUUCACAGCCGCCAGUACAAGCAUCCCGACGUGUUUCAGGGGAAGCGUGUCCUCGUGGUGGGCAUGGGCAAUUCCGGAGUGGAUAUUGCGGUGGAGGCCAGUCGUGUAGCUUCCAAGGUGACCAUUUGCACCCAUCGGGGUGCCUGGCUGCUCAGCCGUGUGUUUGACCAUGGCUACCCAUGGGACAUGGUUUACAACACUCGCUUCAUGAGCCUGAUCAGAAACAACCUCCCUGGGUCCCUUUCAUGGGGAUGGGUUAAUUACAAUGUGAACCAACGGUUCAACCAUGAAAACUAUGGCCUUCAGCCAGAGAAGAGGUGCCUGGUGCGAGAGCCUCUGCUGAACGACGACCUUCCGAGCUACAUCCUGACAGGGAGGGUCACCAUCAAGCCGGGCGUGAAGGAGUUCAAGGCCAACUCUGUUGUUUUCCACAACUGCCCUGAAGAGGAACCCGUUGAUAUUGUUGUCUUCUGCACAGGCUACAACGCCUCCUUCCCGUUCCUAGAAGAAUCAGUCGUCAAGGUGGAAAACAAGCACGCAUCCCUCUACAAAUACGUGUUCCCAACCCACCUGCAGAAGAACACCCUGGCUGUCAUUGGGCUGAUUAAGCCCUUUGGAGCCAUCAUGCCCGUGACAGAGAUGCAAGCACGCUGGGUGACCCGUGUCUUCAAAGGCUUGUGUCAGUUGCCUCCUCAGUCUGUCAUGGAGAAGGAAGUAAAUGAGAAGAAAAACCAAGUUAAAUGGUUUGGUCUGUCCUUCGACGAAGUCCUCAAAACCGAGUGGCUGGUCUACAUGGACACGCUCGCCUCCUUCAUCGGUGCCAAGCCCAGCGUGCUGGGGCUGCUCUGCAGAGACCCCUGGCUGGCCCUCACCAUUUUCUUUGGCCCCUGCUCCCCCUACCAGUACCGACUGGGGGGUCCUGGGCACUGGGAGGGGGCACGCCAGGCCAUCCUCACCCAGUGGGACCGGACCCUGAAGCCCACAAGAACACGAGUUCCUGCUGGCUCCUCCAGCUCUUUCCCCUCUCUCCUGAUUGUGGUGGGGUUCCUCCUACUCCUGGCUGCCAUAAUUUUUGGUUUACAAUAGCUUUUAGAGCCUGUUAAUUUUUUGUUCUUGUCACGGGGGAUGUUAUCUCAGGUCAGACAUCUCCACAGUGUGCCAUGGGAUGGGAGGAAAAGGAUUUCACCAGAUGGAACAAAUUUUAUGCUUCAACCUGCCACACAAACCUUUCUCUGCCCCAACUCACCCCCAAGCACAGCUUUGCAGACCCCAUUAGCUGGGGAUGGCAGCUUUCCCCCAGUGUCUAUUGCUCCUCUCCUCUCCUCUCCUGCCCACUGCUGGGAGCAGAGCAUGGCUUUAUGGCAUAACUGUGUAUGGAUCAUGCCAGCCAGGAUGCAGCAAGGAUAAGACUAGCCCUGCUCCAACUCACCUGAGGACCAGGGUCUUUAGUCCAGCAAGGGGUUAUCUGGGCUGGGUACGCGGGUCAGGCUGUCUCUUUUCCCAGACUUAAAACCUAUGACCCAAAAAUCGCAGUUUGGGUUGAAUUGGUGCAUGUUUCCAAUGAAAGGGCCCUGGUUGUGAUUUGUCACCACUGAAAUUGGGACUCCUGGCUUUGUUUUCCUUCAUUCCUCACCACUGGAUAAUCCUAGGGCUUUUUUCAUGUGUGUGGAGACUUUAAAUGAAUAAAAUUUUAUCAGCUGUGUCA